AUGAAACUCAUUUCCGAUAAGUUUACUGCUGGACAAAUCACAGAAGACCGAGAAACUGUUGAAGCGGACACAAGACCAGUAGUAUUACUGAGCAUUGUAUUCAUAUUAGCUGCACUAUCACCUGUACUGUUAAUUGAUGAGGUACUAGCCGUGGAAAGACCAAAUACGUUUGCCGACUCCAGUUUUGGUUUUGCCACUUGUUCACCAGAAGAACGAUUUUGUGAACUUUUCCAGGUGAAACCAUCACAACAAACCAAAAAUCAAAAAUUAGCCUUAUCGUACCGUUCCAAUGCCAUAAAUACGCCUUUCUCCAUCCUUUCAAUAAUGGACAUAUAA